GCUGAGGGCUCGGCGGGGAAGCGGCAGCGGCGGCAGCAGUGCACCUGAAGUCAACAUGUUUUCCAAGCUAGCCCAUUCCCAGACCAUUGCUCUUCUCUGCCGGGGUGUUCAUGCUUCCGUGAGUUCCGCUACCUCCGUCGCCACUAAAAAAACCUUCCAAGGACCCCCAUCCUCUGAGUACAUUUUUGAACGCGAGGCUAAAUAUGGUGCCCACAACUAUCACCCACUGCCCGUUGCUCUGGAAAAAGGAAAAGGUGUUUAUGUGUGGGAUGUCGAGGGCAGAAAAUAUUUCGACUUUCUGAGUGCUUACAGUGCUGUUAAUCAAGGCCACUGUCAUCCAAAGAUUGUGAGUGCUCUGAAAGCUCAGUCUGAAAAACUGACCCUUACCUCCAGAGCAUUCUACAAUGAUGUACUCGGUGAAUAUGAGGAGUUUGUCACCAAAAUGUUCAAUUACAACAAAGUUCUUCCAAUGAACACAGGAGUGGAAGCUGGAGAAACUGCCUGUAAGCUGGCUCGGAAGUGGGCGUACACUGUGAAAGGAAUUCCAAAAUACAAAGCAAAAAUUCUUUUUGCCGCUGGCAACUUCUGGGGCAGAACGAUGUCUGCUAUCUCUAGCUCUACAGACCCCUCCAGUUAUGAUGGCUUUGGACCCUUUAUGCCAGGUUUCGAAGUCAUCCCAUACAAUGACCUACCAGCUCUUGAGCGGGCACUUCAGGAUCCCAACGUAGCAGCUUUCAUGGUUGAACCAAUUCAAGGUGAAGCAGGUGUGGUUGUUCCUGACAAAGGGUACCUCACAGGAGUGCGGGACCUCUGCACAAAGCACAAUGUUCUAUUUAUUGCUGAUGAAAUACAGACUGGUCUAGCCAGAACGGGGAAAAUGCUCGCUGUUGACCACGAAGAUGUGAGACCUGAUCUAAUUCUUCUUGGAAAGGCCCUUUCUGGUGGCUUAUAUCCUGUCUCAGCAGUGCUGUGUGAUGAUGAGGUUAUGCUGACCAUUAAGCCUGGGGAACACGGAUCCACGUAUGGAGGAAAUCCUUUAGCUUGCCGUGUGGCCAUCGCAGCCCUGGAGGUAAUUGAAGAAGAAGACYUGGUCAGAAAUGCAGAAGUAAUGGGUAACAUACUGAGAAAUGAGCUCAUGAAGGCACCAUCGGAUAUUGUGACCUGUGUAAGAGGAAGAGGACUAUUAAAUGCAAUUGUGAUUCGGGAAACCAAAGACUGUGAUGCCUGGAAGGUUUGCUUGCGGCUCCGGGACAACGGCCUGCUUGCCAAACCCACCCACGGCGACAUCAUCCGCCUGGCACCGCCGCUCGUGAUUAAGGAGGAUGAAAUCAGAGAGAGCAUUGAAAUAAUUCAUAAGACCAUUCUGUCCUUCUGAACCCUCUUCAAGUAUCUCUGCUGACUGAUCCAAGGUGGUGUGUUCAAAUACAUGCUGUGGAGGCCGCUCUUGAUGCAAGCAUCUUUCCUUCCUUUUAUCAAAGAGGACUUAACUCUCUAAAAUUUAGCCAUGUCUUUUAAUUAUAUUUGAUCUGAGGAAAAUAUAUCAUGAUUCCAAAGAGCUUCCGAUCUUGAAAUGUGUGGAAAUGAUGAGGUUCUGUUCACUGGUCACUUGGGUCAGAAUAUUUGAGGAGAGAUGUAUGUAGAAAGCUGUUUAAUUAUUGAAAGUCUUGCCCAAAGUUUAAAAAGUAAUUUAUAUAUAUUUUAGUAAGAGUGGUUAUGCACUCUCACAGAGUUCUCCAAAACUUUAUAUUUGACAGUUUUGCACCUUGGCAAGAUGUCAGAAGCACUUGUCAUUAUGGUUGAAUUUUUGUUUCUCAUUUGUAGCUAGAAAAACCUUCUGACACAGAAGGUGUGACAAGCUGGAUGUUGUGCUGGUGAGCUGAGGUGCAUCAGGUUAUGUUCUGUAUGGAAAAUAUUUUAAUUGUGUAACAU